AUGAUUACCUAUCUAUACGUUCUCGACCACAAGGAAGUUUCUCGGCAACUGGAUGCUUAUCGACAAGCCACAACGUCGUACCAAGACGCUGCUAGUUGGAGGCAAAACGAGCUAACUGAUACUGUUUUGAGACCGACACCGGCCAUGACUUCAUUGAAUAGAGACGCCGCCGGAGGCUUCGCUACCUCAACUUGUAAAAUGUCUCAUCUUCAGCCUCCGACUGAUGCGGUGAAGAGAGAAAGUGCGGUACUAACAACAGGCGUCACUCUGGCCGCAGCCCCAACACACGUGAAAGAUGAGCUAAACAACUGGAGAAAAAGCCUGGAACAUGUAGUCUCAGAUACUGCCCGACCAACGAUGCUUCUGGCCUCCAUAAACGCAACCAUAGAACCAAGAAAAUAA